CAAAGCACUCCCCUAAGAACAAUCUGAAAACCCACCCCAUACUACUUAGAAAUCUGGGACAAAGGACUGUCUGGACGGAACUGCUUCAAUUGCAAAACCGAGAGCAGCCUCGGGAGCGGAGCUGAGCAGCGGGCUGGCCUGAGUCCGGAGCAGCCCCUUUAAAACAGUGGACUAGAGUCCUGGGAUUCUUGAAACCUGAAACCCAGAAGCAAAAUCGUAGCGGAAAUCAGAAGGAAAACCUUGAACUCCUCCAGACAAUUGCUUCCGGGGAGUUUCGAGAAAGCAAGGGGAAUAAAGCGCCCGGGGAAUAGGGUCCCCUCGGAUGGCGCGCCCCUGAGGGUCCUGGCGACUUCGAGGAGCGCGGGAAAGGGAGAAGCCUGGGCUGCAGGUCAUGGCCACCGUGGAGCAGAAAGCCCUGGGCAUUGGCUUCAAGUGUCUCUCUCUGGCCACAUUUGUGCUCCUCUGCGCCGGGCAAGGGGGUCGCCGGGAAGAAGGGGCCCCCGCCUGCUACGGGGGAUUUGAUCUGUACUUCAUUUUGGACAAAUCAGGAAGUGUGCUGCACCACUGGAAUGAAAUUUAUUAUUUUGUGGAACAGCUGGCUCACAAAUUCAUCAGCCCACAGUUAAGAAUGUCCUUCAUUGUUUUUUCAACUCGAGGAACAACUUUAAUGAAGCUGACAGAAGACAGGGAACAGAUCCGUCAAGGACUAGAAGAACUUCAGAAGGUUCUGCCAGGAGGAGACACCUACAUGCAUGAAGGAUUUGAAAGGGCCAGUGAACAGAUUUAUUAUGAAAACAGUCAAGGAUACAGGACAGCCAGCGUCAUCAUUGCUUUGACUGAUGGAGAACUCCAUGAAGACCUCUUUUUCUAUUCAGAGAGGGAGGCUAACAGAUCCAGAGAUCUUGGUGCAAUUGUUUACUGUGUUGGUGUGAAGGAUUUCAAUGAAACUCAGCUGGCCCGGAUUGCUGACAGUAGGGAUCAUGUGUUUCCUGUCAAUGACGGCUUCCAAGCUCUUCAAGGCAUCAUCCACUCAAUUUUGAAGAAGUCCUGUAUUGAAAUUCUAGCAGCUGAACCAUCCACUAUAUGUGCUGGAGAAUCAUUUCAAGUAGUUGUGAGAGGAAAUGGCUUCCGACACGCCCGCAAUGUGGACCGGGUACUCUGCAGCUUCAAGAUCAAUGACUCGGUCACACUCAAUGAGAAGCCCUUCACUGUGGAAGAUACUUAUUUGCUGUGUCCAGCACCUAUCCUAAAAGAAGUUGGCAUGAAGGCAGCGCUUCAGGUCAGCAUGAACGAUGGCCUCUCUUUCAUCUCCAGUUCCGUCAUCAUCACCACUACACACUGUUCUGAUGGCUCCAUCCUGGCAAUAGCCCUGCUGAUCCUGUUCCUGCUUCUAGCCCUGGCGCUUCUCUGGUGGUUCUGGCCCCUCUGCUGCACCGUGAUUAUAAAAGAAGUUCCUCCACCCCCUGCUGAGGAGAGUGAGGAAGAAGAUGAUGAUGGUCUGCCUAAGAAAAAAUGGCCUACAGUAGAUGCUUCCUAUUAUGGUGGGCGAGGUGUUGGAGGCAUUAAAAGGAUGGAGGUUCGUUGGGGUGAAAAGGGCUCAACAGAAGAAGGGGCCAAGUUGGAAAAAGCAAAGAAUGCAAGAGUCAAAAUGCCAGAGCAGGAGUAUGAAUUCCCAGAACCACGAAAUCUCAACAACAACAUGCGCAGACCCUCUUCGCCCCGGAAGUGGUACUCUCCCAUCAAGGGAAAACUGGAUGCCUUGUGGGUGUUACUAAGGAAAGGAUAUGAUCGUGUGUCUGUGAUGCGUCCACAGCCAGGGGACACGGGACGCUGUAUCAACUUCACCAGAGUCAAGAACAACCAGCCACCCACCAAGUACCCACUCAACAAUGCCUACCACAACACCUCGACACCUCCUGCCCCCAUCUAUACCCCUCCACCCCCAGCACCCCAUUGCCCUCCCCCACCCCCUAGUGCUCCCACUCCUCCAAUUCCAUCUCCACCUUCCACCCUGCCUCCUCCUCCUCAAGCUCCACCUCCCAACAGGGCCCCACCUCCGUCCCGACCUCCUCCUAGACCUUCUGUUUAGAACCCUGAGUCGAUUUUUCUAGGCUCUCAGACAUUCUGGGGAGGAGGCUCUUCUGUGGUGUUAGAACAAGUCCUUCCAGUUAGAGGAGGCCUCUACUUUGGAAAUGAGUGGUGAUAAAGCCCCACUGACAUUCACUUUAAAAAAUUGUCUUCUCAUGCCAAUGUAUUGACAAUUAUGAAUGAUCAGCAGAAAAAAUAGAAAUUUUGGCAUGCCUGAAAACAAAUGAUAAGGCAACUAGAGUAACAGUUCUCACCAGCCAAUCAACUACCACUUCUAGAAGGUUCCAGAGACAGUGAAACUGCUGAGAUGCUCUAAAUGGAAUUGUGUCUCGUGGAGACCAAUAAGAAAAUCACUUUUCUAAGGGUAAAAUGCAGAGUCAGAUAAGAAAUAACAUUGCUAGGUUUCUAUGCUGCCUUCUUCCUUCCAUGCCACUUUCAUCAACUGAUGCUGAACCUUUGACACAAGAACCUAGGAAUCCUCACACAGGAAGGUGGAGUUUCUUCACCUACAACUUUGGGAAAAGCUUGUGGCAAGAAAUUCAACAUCAAGUAGAUAGCCAAAAUCAUGUUUUCCUGGAAUUUGCAAAGGAGUGAAAAUAUAUUCCACAUUUUCCUUUCUAAUCUUCCCAAUUUCCAAGCGAGAAAGAGAGCAGGUUUUUUACUGAUAGAAAAAGUAUGUUGUCGUGUUGCUGUGUAAGUGAAAUCAGUGUGUGUGUUGACAUGAGGAGUACUGAUGAGCACAUCAGCCAGUUUCUAAAAACCCACAGGCCAUCAGAAGUUAGAUGUGGCUGACUUUGGCCCGACAAGGUGCCCUUCCUCAACAGACAACAACAGCAUUGUGGAAAAGCAACCUGUUGAGGAUUCAUAUUAAAAAAAAAAAAAAAAAACUAUUUGGCUUUGGUUUAAGCUGCUCGAAAUAUGAAGAAGUGAUUGAUCCCAUUUUCCAGGAACAAAUGUAGGUUGUUCUUCCCAAAAUGGCAUCACUAGUCCCCCUACAAUUUCACUAAGUUUUGUUGUUGUUUUUUUUUUUCUUUCUUUCUUGAUGAAGUUGUGCACCAGAGACUUCCAGGUAGAGCAAAAAGUUAAUGGUUUUGAUAGAAUAAAGAAACUAUUCCCAGGUUCUGUGGUUAACUCCAGAAAAGGUAUAUGUGGUGGACACAAGUAUAUUUCUCCUUCCUUGGUUUUUCAACAGACUCACAAAUACCAGCUGUCAACCCAUAGGAAACAUGCAAGAUGUACAACAUAAAGCCAAUCUGCCUGAAAUCCUCGCCACCACUCUCCCAAAUCUUUCUAAAUCUAUUGUCAGUUAAAUUUUAUAGUCACUUUCUAAACAUUAGGCUUCAUAACCAAAGGGUAAAAACAGAAGCCGUCACUAAAGACUUUCUGUACCUACUUUUUCAAAAUUACCUCCCUCUCCAGUUCACGGCUCUUAAUCCCUCAAAUUCUUGAGCCCUUUCUGAUAUAAACUUGGUGCUUUGAGCUAUGGUUUCUAAAAGUUCUUCAAUACCCCAUCAAGCCAGAUUUAUUUACCACCAUACUUGAUAAGUUAGAAGCACAAGGAUCUGGUGGCAAGCAUUUCACCAACAUCAAUUCAUGUAGUCAUGAUGACAUAUCUCACUAAUCACAGCACCAUUCCCCUAGAGCCAAAUUAUUUCUUUACAGUCCUCAAAUCAUAGCCCCAAAAAGCCACCACUCAUCAGUCAGAAUUGAGAAGAGAUGAACCCUCUUUGCCAUUCCUACUUUAGAAAGUAGAAACAAAUGGGUUGCACUGGGAUGGGGAGGUAAGGUAAUGAGGAACCUCUUAGGUAUAAAAGGUAGUAGGAGGAAAGAGAUCUAGGCAGAGUGUUUUAGUGGGGGACCACAGGCACUAAUUCUCCAAUGCCAAUGCCAAAAAGACUUCUCCAAUUAUACCUCAGACCCAGUCUUUCUCCUAGCCUGCCACUUCCAGAGAUUCUCCCAACCUUCUCAUGGAACUAAUUAGUAUCAGAGAUGGUUUACAGGAUUUAUGAAUGCAACCUCCUUCCCCCACCUCUGUUCUAUUUUUAGAACACUAGGCUUCUGUAAUAUAGUCCCUCAUGAAGCAGGGUUCAGAAUGACAGUCACUUGCAGUGACACUGCUGGACUCCAAAAACCAUUCCAUAGAAGAAUGGGUUCCCUAGGCUCACAAGGUAGAGGUGCUGAGCCCACGGCAACUGUUUUGACUGCUGGCAGUACAAAAUAGUCCACCCCACACUACUGCUGCAUGACUUUAUGCGGCCAUGAGAAGUUCAAGCCAAGAUGCCAGCAUUAUUGUGCAACAAGAUGACUGGCAUCAGGUGAGAAUGCCACAUUCAGGAUCUCAACAGCACACCAAUCAGAAGCCCUGUGCAGUUUCCAAAGUGUUGUUUUGGUGGACUUUUUGAUGAAAUAGGGUAUAGCAAAUAUAUGAGGAUUUUGUAGAGGAUUUGUAGAGUUUGUCCUUAAAACUGACUCCUUAAGUCACCCCUAGUCACAGAAUUAUAGCUGAGGAGAAACUUCUGUCCUUUAUAAACAAGGCAAUAUUUUAAUAGUAUGUUAUUACAGGCUGGAAAAUUCGUUAACUGGUUUAUAAAAUCUAUCAGUACUUGUAUCAUUCCUUGUAAAAAGCAACAGACAUGUGAUUGUGAUCAGGAAACUGCACAAAAUUAUUUUUUCAUUCCCAUGUUACUGUCCUUGUGAAGUUUUUUUAUAUAAAAUCCCAUUUUUUGUUGUAUAUAUUCAUAUUCCACAUGUUAGAUGGAAGCAUUUCCUAUCCAGUGUGAAUAAAAAGAACAGUUGUAGUAAAUUAUUAUAAAGUCAAUGAUAUUUCAUGGCAGGUUAUUCUACCAAGCUGUGCUUGUUGGUUUUCCCCAUUACUGUAUUGCUUUUAUAAGUGUACAAAUAGUUACUGAAAUGACGAGACCCUUGCUUACACAGCAUUAAUAAUAAUCUUGAAUAUGGUGGUCCCUUUUGUUAUGACCAGCUCACAGUUUCUGGCCUAGAGCUUGGUACAUACACAUGUGAGACACAUGGCCUCUCUUUUACCAAGGUCAAGAACAGAGUUGGUAAGUACAUUAAUAGUCUUGGCUAUUUGACUAUGGACAGUCUCAUAAAUACCACUAGAUUGGGUAGAGAUGAUGAUGAAUUCUCAUAAACUAAAGUCCAAAUAUUGUGUCAAAUGAGGGGGGUCCAUUAAAGAAUUUUUUAAAAAUUAACAAUGUGAUGAACAACAGCUUCAACCCAGUGCCAACUCAACAAAAACAGUUAAUGCUGUGUAAAAUGGGUUGAAUUCAUUUGAAACUAUAUAAAGAUAUAUGCAGUAAAAAGCCUGUUGAUGCACACCAGAUGGAAAUGAGGUAUUCUAGUCAACUGCCUUUCCUAGUUGUCUGAGCUCUACUAUACUAUUAUACUUGGAUAACCAAUUUAAAAGAACUAGAAUAUGAUUUUUAAUGCACUUAACAUGGAAUUUUUCUCUUCUUUCUGUGAUAAUUCAGAAGACUGUUAUGGAUCUUUGGUGCCUAAGUCAUUGUUAUAAAAAUUCAGUUAUCACCGUACCGUGUCAUAGAACACUGGGAUAAACCUGUACAAUGACAAACCUUGGAAGUUUCUUUAAAAAAAAUACAAUAAAUUUAUAAAAUCAA